CCUGCGUGUAAGGCCAUUCAAAUCCUCAAACCUACACCCACUUCUAGCAUGCCUGAGAACUCAAUUUCCCGUUGACAAUUUUUGGUGUAGAAGGUGGCAGUUUUGUCCUCACACCCUGCGCCACUCCUUUGCUGUACGGGCUAAGACCAAAACACUAGGGUUAGUCUCGAGAAUGGGCGACGGCCUCAAUAUUUUUGAGGUGAAUAAACUUAUCUUGUGGAGCAACGACCUCAUUCAGGUCUUCAAGAAUGGAGAAGAUGUCAAUACGUUGGAGCAACUAUCAGAGCGCUCCCAUUUCCUUCAAUCGCAGUGUAAUGCUGAUUUUAACGACGCUCAGAGGUCCAUCGAGGAUUAUGAAAAGAAGCUAGUUGUGUGCAAACAAAAAACUGUGGAAGCAAUUUGUGAAGCAUCAAGUGAUGUUGAAGUAGAACCACUGCAGAAAGAGCUUGAAGAGGAGCUUCAAAGAAAGAGCAUGUUGAUAGAAGAGCUGAGAGUUCUGUCUGAGGAAAUAAAUGAUUUAGAAUGUCAAAGAGAGUCCAUUGAGGAACGAAGGAAAUGCCUUAAACAGCUUGAGCGAGAUUUCUCUAGAGCAGAGAUGAAGUUAUCAUUGCUUGCCUCAGUUACAAACAUUGUUCCAAGCUUGGAUGAUCAAUCAAAAAUAUCUGGCUAUAUUGUCAAGAGGGAUAAGUUGUUAGACAAUUUUGACUUUGAUCCGAAAAAGAUGUCUGAGUUCGAAAUCUGUAACCACAUUUGGAAGAUGAUAAACUCCUGACACAGUGUAACACGGUGACACAGCAACGGGAAACAUCAUGUUCGAGAAAAAAUGUUCGAAGAGUUUCCAAACGCAAGAACAAUGUCUCGAAAGCUUCACGUAUCACAGCAUUGUACUUUCUUGGGCAUAGUUUUGUGUCACGGUGUGGCAAAGCAUCUUUAAAUUGCCACAACAAUUCGAUUUUUUAUUGUAACUACCUGUUGUACUAAUGCAAUAUCACUUAUGGUUGUCCCCUUUUUAUCCUCUUAGAAGUACAUGUUUCUCUGAAUUUGAAAUAAAUAUUGAAUAUAGUUUUGUAGUUUGUCUUUUUCAAUUCUUGAAUAAAUUUAUCUCUAAAAAUUUGUUGAAAUUCCC